AUGUUCCGAGAUUUCCAUGUGAGUCACUUUGAGCAGCGUCGUGUGGUGCAGUGCCCGGUUCACCAACACAGUAUCAUCUUCGCCGCCACACUUCCCAACACCAUCAUCUCGUCAUUCUGGCUCCGAAACAUGCAGUUGGCUACACCAGUACCGCUUCCGAAGGCGCCUGCGCCCUCCAGCGGAGCAGCAGCAUCCAAAAAGGACUAUGACGUCGGCACCUCCAUCCCCGCCAACCUCGACCAUGCCGUCUCGGUGUCUCUCCCUCUGUGGAGCGACAACAUCGACUACGAAGAGGGUCGCCUCUCCAAAUCCAUGGAGACCGGCUAUCCUCGUUUCUUCAUCCAUCGUACCAUUCAGCAACUCGCCAGCUUGCUCUGCAGGAAGUUUGCCAAGCCCAACGAGGACUGCAUCCUCUUUCCCUCGGCAAGGAUUGCUGAACGGUGUCGUGACUUUAUGCGCUCCCAGUCCAAGAGCGCACAGCCACUACCUAUCCGUAUCGUCCGCUUCUCGAUGCUAGAGCAUUCCGUGCCCAAUGCAAGCGGUACGAAUGCGAACAACUCGAGCUCCAGCACCGCAGAACACGUUUCCGACCAACUCGAAACCAACCAUUUCCAGGCGUCCAGUACAACCGCACACUACAUCUUCAUUGUCUUCUUCCCACAAGACGUCUUUUCACUCGCAAAGACCUACUGGCAGCACACUGGUGACGGAAUCUCGAGCAGGCAGGCCGAACGCUGCCUUUCGCUGUUGGAGCAGUCGAAGAGUGGCGCUGCAGAGCAGGAUAUCACGAGCAAGCCCGCGGAUACUUCGACCAACGAAGCUGUUCCGACCGCCAGCCUGUCCGCUUCGAACGACGACAUGUACAAGAAGCCUUCCUCCACCGCUUCGGCGGGAAAACGAUUCUACAACCGCUACGCCCGCACCAACAGCUCCGCUGGCACCGUCCUCGCCUCCACCAACACUGCUACGCCUUCGCCCACCUCCAGCCUGCCACAGACACCUUCCAGCAGCGGCAUCCUCCAACGUCCCUCCACCGCAGACAACGACGAUGCUCUCUCCGCAAGUGUCUCCAGUCUGUCCGGUGUCACUCCUGCCACCGCCACUCCCAACGGCCAGGACACUUCCGAAAACGCGUCGUCCGACCUCGUCACCUAUGUCGAAGAACGCUACGGUCGCAACCUCCCACUCACAUCCGCCCCCUCGGCCAAGCUCGCUCUGCGUCGUCGUAUCGCCGGGACUCUGCUCUCGGAUCGCAACGAGCACUCGGCUACCGAGACGCCGGGGGAUCAGGUCGGUGAGACGGGUCGAACGGGCACAGGCGUCACCGAAGACGACGUCUUCCUCUUCCCCUGCGGAAUGAGUGCCAUCUUCCACGCCCAUCAGCUGGCCAUGCGUGCGGCACCGCAGCUGACCUCCGAUUUGCAACCACGUCAGGUUGGGAAAAGUGUUUGUUUCGGGUUCCCGUACACCGACACCCUCAAGAUCCUGCAAAAGUUCGGUCCUGGUUGUCACUUUUACGGUCUCGGCGUCGACUCCGAUCUGGACUCGCUGGAACAACUGCUCGAGUCUCAAUUGCAGGAUCCAACCACACCACCGAUCCUCUCGCUAUUCUGCGAAUUCCCGUCGAACCCACUGCUGCGCUCACCCAACCUUCCACGCAUCCGAUCCCUCGCCGACCGUUACAACUUCCUCGUCGUAGUCGACGAGACCAUCGGCAACUUUGUCAACGUCGAAGUGCUACCUUACGCCGACAUCCUCGUCUCUUCCCUCACCAAGGUGUUUUCGGGGGACGCCAACGUCAUGGGAGGAAGUAUGGUCCUCAACCCACACUCGCGUCACUACACCACGCUUCUCUCUACCCUGAAAUCCUACUACGAAGACACGUACUUUGACGAAGACGCCAUCUUUAUGGAGCGCAACUCGCGCGACUUCAUCCGACGCAUCGUCAAGAUCGACAGCAACACUCGGGCGGUCACCUCGAUGCUCUUCGCCGAACAGCAGGGUCACGGUCGCUUCCCCGGUGUGGUCAAGAAUCUGUUCUAUCCAAAGUACCAGACCAAGGCGAACUACGACGUGUGCAGGAGGAAGGUCGCCUUCACCUCGCCCGGCGGCGGGGGCGGCGGGGAGAUGGCGUCGAGCAAAGAGGAGGACGCUUCGGGAGGCGGGUAUGGCGGUCUCUUUUCGAUUACGUUCCACAACGAGGCGUCGAGCAAGGCGUUCUACGACUCGUUGCAGUGCGCCAAAGGUCCCAGUCUGGGUACCAAUCUGACGCUAGCUAGUCCAUACACCAUCCUGGCGCAUUACACGGAGCUCGACUGGGCAGCAGAGUUCGGCGUCGAGAGAGGCCUGGUCAGGGUCUCGGUGGGGUUGGAGGACGAGGCGUUUUUGGUGAAGAUGUUCGGCGAGAGUCUGGCGUGUGCGGCCAAGGCGAAUGCUGCUCAUAUCGCCGCCGCGCAAAAGUGA